CAACCCCAUGUUUAAAACACAACUCAUUUAGGAUGCAUUGGGGGUGCCAAGUGUUUGCAUAGCCAACACAACAUAUGGGGGACUAUUUCUGGGAGUGAAACCCAGAUUAUUUAAUGAGAAAUGAUGCCAUAUACCACCAAUAUGCCUACCUAUAGGCUAAACCACCUAUAGGCUAGGCAAUAUUGAGAAAUAGGACUAUGGAGUGCCAAGCAAAAAUUAAAGCAGGAAGCACCAGUGACUCGGUCUAUAAAAAAGUGAUCAAAUGAAGCAGAUGCUAAACUACAGGACUGUUUUGCUAGCACAGACUGGAUUAUAUUCCGGGAUUCUUCCGAUGGCAUUGAGGAGUAUACCACAUCAGUCACUGGCUUUAUCAAUAAAUGCAUUGAGGACAUUGUACGUACAUACCCCAACCAGAAGCCAUGGAUUACAGGCAACAUUCGCAUUGAGCUAAAGGGUAGAGCUGCCGCUUUCAAGGAGAGGUACUCUAACCCAGAAGCUUAUAAGAAAUCCCGCUAUGCCUUCCGAAGAACCAUCAAACAGGCAAAGUGUACUCCGACGCUCGUCGGAUGUGGCAGGGCUUGCAAACUAUUACAGACUACAAAGGGAAGCACAGCCGAGAGCUGCCCAGUGACACGAGCCUACCAGACGAGCUAAAUAACUUGCUCGCUUCGAGGCAAGUAACACUGAAACAUGCAUGAGAGCAUCAGAUGUUCCUGGCGACUGUGUGAAUAAGCUCGCAGCAGCUGAUGUGAGUAAGACCUUUAAACAGGUCAACAUUCACAAGGUCGCUGGACCAGGCGGUUUACCAGGACGUGUAGUCCGAGCAUGCGCUGACCAACUGGCAAGUGUCUUCACUGACAUGUUCAACCUUUCCCUGUCUGAGUCUGUAAUACCAACAUGUUUCAAGCAGACCACCAUAGUCCCUGUUCCCAAGAACACUAAGGUAUCCUGCCUAAAUGACUACUGACCCGAAGCACUCAAGUCUGUAGCCAUGAAAUGUUUUGAAAAGCUGGUCAUUGCUCACACCAUUAUCCCAGAAACCCUAGACCCACUCCAAUUUGCGUACCGCACCAACAGAUCCACAGAUGAUGCAAUCUCUAUUACAUGCCACACUGCCAUUUCCCACCUGGACAAAAGGAACACCUAUUUGAGAAUGCUUUUCAUGGACUGCAGUUCAGCGUUCAACACCAUAGUUCCCUCAAAGCUCAUCACAAAGCUAAGGACCCUGUGACUAAACACCUCCCUCUGCAACUAUAUCCUGGACUUCCUGACGGGCUGCCCCCAAGUGGUAAGGGUAGGUAACAACACAUCCGCCACGCUAAAACUCAACACGGGGGUCCCUCAGGGGUGCGUCCUCAGUCUCCUCCUGUAUUCCCUGUUCACUUAUGACUGUAACGGCCAGGUACGACUCCAACACUAUUGUUAAUUUUGCUGAUGACACAACAGUGGUAGGCCUGAUCACCGACAACGAUGUGACAGCCUAUAGGGAGGAGGUCAGAGACCUGACCGUGUGGUGCCAGGACAACAACCUCUCCCUCAACGUGAUCAAGACAAAGGAGAUGAUUGUGGACAACAAGAAAAGGAGGACCGAGCAUGCCCCCAUUCUCAUCGACGGCGCUGUAGUGGAGCAGGUUGAGAGCUUCAAGUUUCUUGGCGUCCACAUCACCAACAAACUAUCAUGGUCCAAGCACACCAAGACAGUUGUGAAGAGGGCACGACAAAACCUAUUCCACCUCAGGAGACUGAAAAGAUUUGGCAUGGGUCCUCAGAUCCUCAAAGGUUUUAAAGCUGCACCAUCGAGAGUGGUAUGGCAACUGCUCUGCCUCCGACCGCAAGGCACUACAGAGGGUAGUGCGUACGGCCCAGUACAUCACCGGGGCCAAGCUUCCUGCCAUCCAGGACCUCUAUACCAGGCGGUGUCAGAGGAAGGCCCUAAAAAUUGUCAAAGACUCCAGCCACUCUAGUCAUAGACUGUUCUCUCUGCUACCGCACGGCAAGCGGUACCAGAGCGCCAAGUCUAGGUCCAAGAGGCUUCUAAACAGCUUCUACCCCAAGCCAUAAGACUGCUGAACAAUUACUCGAAUGGCCACCCAGACUAUUUGCAUUGACCCCCCUUUUGUUUUUACACUGCUGCUACUCGCUGUUUAUUAUCUAUGCAUAGUCACUUGACCCCUUCCUACAUGUACAAAUUACCUCAACUAACCUGUACCCCCGCACACUGACUCUGUACCGGUACCCCCUGUAUAUAGCCUCAAUCUUGUUAUUUUAUUGUGUUACUUUUUUUUUUUUUUUUACUUUAGUUUAUUUAGUAAAUACUUUCUUAACUGUAUUUUCUUAAAAAGUAGUUUGGACUUAGUGAACUGUUUUUUCAAAGUGAAUUUUAGUUAAGUAAAGUAUAUUGUUCUUAAGGGUUGCUUUUGUCGAGCUUAAAUUAUUCCAGAGUGAAGUAAUUGGUAGCUUGGUAAACUAUAUUUCAAGAGUAGCUUCCCCAACACUGCUUAUCAUGUAUCUGUAUUUGGCAUCAGGGAAACGUCUUAUGCGCCUAUCAUGGUGUGCAAACGUAGUAGAGGGGUUUCUGAUUGUUGAUGGUCCUCUUCACAAAUAUUUGACCGUAGCUUAUCUUUUACGCAGCAUUUUCACAUUUCUUUUGUUAUUUAUAUCAUGGUCUUUGUUUUUGUUCAUUCCAGACUAUUAAUCGUGCAAAAUACACAAUAUCAUGCAGAACUAUAUCUUAAUAUGUGGACACACUCACCUCCGCUCAUGUGUGUCACAACAUGUCACAAGUUAGAAAGUUUGAAUCUCAUGUAUGUUAUAUAUUUUUCCUCCAGUUGGUGGGAUCUACACAGUGAUCCAGACCAAGGCCAAGAUAACAGUGGAUGAAAUGGGGGGGGGGGACUUAUUCAUGAUGGGGCCGUUUUACGAACACAAUUUCAAGACCCAGGUGGAGCAGUGUAAGCCCCCAAACCCAGCCAUCAAGAAAGCUACGGACGCCCUUAUUGACAACGGCUGCCUGGCACUCUACUACGGAUGUAUUAUAUUAUCUUAUGUUCUAUUCUAUAGGUGUGACAUGCAAAUGGAGAAUACACAAUCCUGUAAUAGUACUUUCUGUCCAGAAGAGGGCAGACAUGCACUUCUACAGAAGUAGGCCUACACUGUAAACGCCAAUGGAGUUAGAUAGAGAUGAUGAAUCCACAAGUUGGCAGACAAACACCAUCUCCAGGAUCAGAGACAAACAAAUACAUCAGCAGCUUCAGAAACUAUUAUUUUGUAGUAUUUCAGCUUUGCCCCAUGUGUUUGAUACUGUGAUUGUGGGUCUCGUGUUGGUUGGUACUGUCUUCUAGAACCACACAUAUCUAUCUUUCCCUUAUGUUGGGAUUAUACUGUAUGUUUUAGAUGUACUUUUGGCAGUUCCUAUGUGAUCCUAUUUGACACGGGGUCAGCAGCCUGGAACCUGGACCGAUGGAAGGGGGAUCUGUGGGACACCUGUGGUAUCGGAAUGCCCGCCCAUUACAGUGAGGCAAACGUUUUUGGGUCCAUGGUUGCCUGGUUCUUUAAAGAAGUAAUUUGUCAGCUUGUUAAGGAUGCUGUGAAAAAUACUCUGAAAGAGGUUUAAAGAUUGCUGUAUAUGGGUUUGUUUUUUGAAGUCAAGAAUAUCUGCUUGAUGUGAAUACCUUAAUGUCAGAUACCUUUAAAAAAUAAAUGAUACAGUAGCCUACUUCUUUUUACUCAAAACAUAUUCACCCUCUUGGGUAAUAUGAGAUUAUUGAGCUAAUCAUCAGUAAUUCGUUGCUUUCAUUCCUAGUUAACCGAACAGCUUGGAGACUCGCCCAAUGUCCUCGACCAUUUCCAUGAGUGGCAGGCAGGGGGAGGACUUAUUCUCUGUCGCUCGCGGAAGAUUCCCUUGGCAACCAUCUUCACAACCCAUUCCACUCUGUUGGGACAAUACCUCUGUGCCGGAAAUGUGGUCUUCUACAACAAAUUGGACAAGAUAUGGUGAUGCCGAACGGAUUGAACAUCAAGAAGUUCUCAGCCAUGCACGAGUUCCCAGAACCUUCACUCCACUAACCAGGGUCGGAUUCAGGAAUUUAUCAGGGGACACUUCGAUGGGUGCAUAAGAAUAACGUCACAGUGGGGAUUUUCUUCAUCAUGCCAGCCAAGACCAACAACUUUAACGUGGAGAUGCUGAAGGGACAGGCGGUGCGCAAACAGCUCUGGGACGCUGUGAAAGACAGGGACGCUGUGAAAGACAAGUUUGGCAAGAGGCUUUACGAGGCUUUGUUAAAAGGAGACAUCCCUGAUAUGGACACCAUCCUGGACACCAUCAUGAAGAGAGCCAUCUAUGCCACACAGAGACACGCCCUUCCUCCAGUGACCACUCACAGCAUGCGGGAUGACACCUCUGACCCUAUCCUGGCCAACGUGAGACGCGUCGGCCUCUUCAGCGCUUGCACUGUCCGAGUCAAGAUAGUGUUCCACCCAGAGUUCCUGUCAUCCACCAGCCCCCUGCUUCCUAUUGACAAUGAGGAGUUUGUACGAGGCUGUCGCCUGGGGGUCUUUCCUUCUUACUAUGAGCCCUGGGGAUACACACCAGGGAUCUACAUAGUGGACCGGCGGUUCCAUUCGGCAGAUGACUCGUGUAACCAGCUAACCCAGUUCAUGUUCGGGUUCUGCCAGCAAUCCAGACGACAGCGCAUCAUCCAGAGGAACCGCACAGAGAGGUUGUCGGACCUGCUGGACUGGGACGGUUCUUCAUGCACACCCGGAGCCUGGCUCUCAGCAGGGCUUUCCCUGACAAGAUGGAGCCGCUGGCCCCUCAACAGUGCACUCUACCCCCCACCACAGUGAUGAGGAGGAUGAUGAUGAAGAGCCAUAUGAUGAAGAUAAGGAGUCAGAGCGGGACAGGCAGAACAUCAAAGCCCCCUUCACUCUGUGUGUCACGCCCGAGGGCAAGAAGACACACCCAGGAGAGACUGCCAACAGAGAUCUCUCGCUACUAGCCUGGUAUGGCCAACCCUGGUCCUUGAUAGCUGCAGUAUGUGCAGUGUUUUGUUCCAGCCCUGAACGUACAAUAUUAGAUCUGUUGUAGGGACACUGAGCCUUAAGCAGCUGUUACACAUACUACCUUUGUAUAAUUUCUAAGAGAAAAUACCUAUUAUUUUGAUGAUAAAAGUCCCCUCACGCCCAUAGCAAAUGAAACAUGAAUAGUUUAAUCAAUAGUUAUAUAUCAGGAAUUGCAUUGAGAGGUCUCUCUCUCUCUAUAGGCUGGGAUGGCCAACCCUAGUCCUGAACACAUUACUUCUAUGAUCAGAUACCCUUAGACAAGUGUUGCUAUGAAUUCAAAAUAAUUUUAUUAAACAUUGUAUUAAAUAACACAUUCAAACAUUUUCAGUGUAGCCGUACUUAGAGUCCAGUGUUUUUCUCACAUUGCAUUAAAUAGUCUACAUCCAACAACAAGAGAUCAACAGAUGCAAUAGAUUAGGAUGUUAUCAACAAUAAUAAAUACAUUAUAAAAAUACA